UCCUGUUUUGCCAGUCUGUCCACAUUCAGGAAGAUUUCCCACCACUAUUCAUCACAAAUCGUUAUCUACGUAAACUUCAUUCGCUGACCAUAACACAGUCCCAAUUCGCGGCAAUACCGAUCCAACUCUUCUUUUCAACCCUUGGAACCCACUGACAUCGUUCCUGUAAGUACGAUAUCGCGUCCUCCCAAAACGCGGACUUCGCGUCGACUUCCCAGCAUGGCACUCGCCCCAGUGCCUUGCGGCUGCUUCUUGACACAGACGAAAGUUCUUGACACCCUUCUGACUGAUUAAUGCUCAAGACUUCGGACUUGACUAUGUCUUAUCAGACCCACACCAUGGAUCCCAAGCACUCCGUCGCCUAUGCUGGACCCGGCAAUCACGCCAGCCAGUUCCCUGAGAACCAGAUGCCCAACAUGAUGGGCAGCGUUGACGCCUUGAACGGUGCUAUCGGUCAGUUUCAGAACAUGACCUUGGGCAACGGCAUGUCCCACAAUGUUGGCGGUAUGGGACAGAUGGCUACCGGCCAUCCGUACAUGAUUCCCCAGGACUACAUUCUGGCUCCUCAUCUGCCUUCUGCUCUGGGUAUGGACCACCUCUCUCAGGGUUCGUACGGACCGAGUGGCUACUUGGCUGCGCCUGGACAGUUCAGUCCCUACGUCCCCUACCCCAUGAUUCCCUUCACCCCCGGUCGCGCUGUGAGUGGCAACUCGGCUCUCCAGGACCGCACCAACCGCGGUCACAACGACGUGCCAGGUCUUGAGAAUCGUCGUCACAGUGGUGGUUCUUACACGACCACCGAAUCUGCUCCUACGACUCCAUUCUACAGCGGCGCCGGCAAGAAUGACAAGGGCCCCCGCGUGGCUGCUCUCGAUCGUUCAACCUACACCACGCCUUCUCCCCAGCAGCUUGUCGGCGGCAACAUUUUUGUUGAACCUGCUGCCAAGCACGGUGUCAUCACGAUCCCGGUCGACCGCAACUUGGAGGAGAUCCUCAAGCAGGACCCUCCUGUCCCCAAGGCCGUUCCUGCCGUCUUCACCCCUGCCACCCAGAUGAAGACCCUGGAUCAGAGUUUGGAGAAUAGGAUCCCGGGCAACCGCAAUGUUUACAUUCGCGGUCUUCAUCCGACCACUGAUGAUGAGCUCUUGUACCGCUUCGCUUCCCGUUUUGGCGAGGUGGAGACGUCCAAGGCCAUCAUUGACACGUCCACUGGUGCUUGCAAAGGGUUUGGCUUUGCCAAGUUCUUCGACGUCCGCGACUCGGAGAUGUGCAUCCGGGGCUUCCAUCGUCUCGGAUACGAGGUCGGCUUUGCUCGCGAAUCUUUCAACUCUCGCCUCAAGGCCGAGGGCGAUGAGGGUUCAACCAAUCUAUACAUCUCCAAUCUCCCCAAGAGCCUGACGGAGAAUGACCUCGGCGAUAUCUUCAGAGGCUACCACAUCAUGUCGUCCAAGAUCCUGCGUGAUAGCAUGGGCAACAGCCGUGGUGUUGGCUUCGCUCGUUUCGAAUCCCGCGAUGUUUGUGAUGCCGUCAUUAAGCAGUUCAACGGCAUCCCCAUCGGCGAGGAGGGCAUGGUGAUGAACAUUCGCUAUGCCGACACUGCUGGUCAGAAGGAACUCAAGCGGGUCACUGCCGAGCGCCGCCAGUUCCGUACCAACGAGUACAACAUCGGCGCCUACGGCACUCCCCUGGUUGGCAUCCAGCCCAACAUGUACAAUCAGCCGGCCUGGAAGCGUGCUCUGCAUUCCACACCGAACAGCUACGCCCCUCGUUCCAUGACUGGCGGUCUUGAUCGGAUGGGCAAGGGGGUCAAGUCUGAUGACUACCAGGCGGGCACUGUUCAGGGAAAUACCCAGUACGGUGACCAUUCUCGCCAUUGGAGCAUUCUUCUUGACUAACCUGCUUGUUCAGAUCACCCGCGGAGACCACCGUUGCCGAGAUCUCGUCCGACGACAGCGACGAAGGCGUGACUAUCCACGCUGACUCGGCCACGCCCGUCAUUGUCAGCACCCAGUCGUCCCCGAUUUGCAAGAAGGAGAAAAAGUAAAUUUGAGUUGUGAGGGAAUAGGAGCGUCAGCGUAUUUUCCGGGUGCAUCAUUCCUCGUCUUGUUCCGCAGAUUUCGGAGUUUCUGCGUUUCAUCACACAUGGCAGUAUGGUUUUGAUCAGGGAACAUAUUAUGCUCUGAGGUAGCUCAUACUCUUGAUGCGUUCUGUAUGAAAGGCGCCAGCUAUUAGUUCUUGUACCUUAGUUUUUGGGAGGCAGAUCAAAAUCGGGA